CUUUUGCUUAUUAACGUUAUCUCUUUUUUAUCUGAGGUUUCUCUAUUUAAAUGUAUGAUAUUGUAAAUUAUCAACAAGUUGUUUUUCAGAUAUCAAAAUUUAUGAGGCUAGUGUUACAGAUAAUUCCGACCGAGAAGCUUUAAGAAAUGGAAGGCUCAGAAAACAAAGCACUGUCGUCAGAAGUAGUUAAAACUUUGAAUGAAGAUUUGAAUAAACUUUCCCUGUCUGAUUCGACACUCACGGAGUUUAAUGAUUGUAUGCAAUCUAUCGUGGCAGUUGACUUUCGAGAAUUAAACCAGGAAGGCCAGAACAGUGAUUCCAAGUCUAAUUUUGACACCGCAGUCAAGCACUUGAUGCGAUUUUCCAACGGAGUUGUCAAAGCUUUAGGAGCAACAGGGAUUUCGCCUGGUCCACUUGGUACUUUGUGUAAAGUCACCACGGGUUUAGUCGGGUUCUUCUUUACAGAAGACAUAACAUCGAUUGUAGCACGACGCUUUGAAAAUAUCCUGGAUGCUGACUUAAUGGCUAAAUGCCGAGCGACAUGCAUAAAGAUCAGUCACUGUAUUAACUACAUGCAAGGGUUACCAAAUGCUAGCAAACUUCGGGAUGAGGAAAAAAAGAUUCAUUCACUGCUAAUGGCCACUGAUGUGCCUGUUCAAACCGGACUAGAUGAAGUUUUAUACUUAGGCGAAAAGAUAAGAAAUAUAGUUAAAACAGCAACAACAAAUAUGAAAAAAUUUGAUUUUUUAAUGAAUUACGUUGAACUGUAUUGCUGUCUUGCAGCAUUUCGAGAGUUGUUUCUCCUCUAUCGUUUUGCUUUUCAGUCCAUGUUAGAAGUGAACGCAGCGUCUGUCAAAAAUGUUCUUGAGUCACAAAUUACCAACGAUCGGUCUGUUUUAGAAUUCCUUUACAAACCAAAUGUCGAAAGUGCAAAACUAUACUACAAUGCACGACAAGGUAACUGGCCUUUAUCUAAAUCAUUUUGUGAAAGGCGUGAAUUAGUGCCAGAAAAUUUAGAUUUUCUAAAUAAAGGUGUCUAUAAAAUUCUGUCUGUCCAAAGUAAAUGUAUGCUACAUACAUACAAUGAUAGUGGUAUGUUUGUAUCACACAAACCACUUGGUGUGGUAUUGUUGCAGUCAGAUUGUGAGAACAGAAAUGUCUUCUCAAUCCUGACAGAUUCUUUACAGUAUGUCGGUAGGUCUGUAUGUGCAAAUUACGUAAAACUGUGUGACGUAAAGGUGUCUUGGUAUCUCUUGAAGGUAUAUGGACACGCAUCAUCUGAAACACCAUGUUACAUGAUAUGGUCCGAGUCGGAUAUGAACAAGUGCAUGUACAACAAUAUGUCCAGUUAUAGCGCUGUUCGUUCUUUCCCAACGACUCUUUGUACUUCAAAGGAGCUAGGGCCAAGAUUUUUCUGGACUCUUGAACCAGUUUAAGAAUUCCAUAUCAGACCGAUUUUCAACAUGGAUUUUUCAAUCAACAAUGACUUUUAUUUAAUUAUUCUUGUCAUUUUAUGUCAAAAAGUUCAUUUCUGGGGCUAUAUUAGUGUUAUGUGUCAUCCAUGUUUCUUUUAUCUCAUGCUGACUGGUUGUUCCAAUGCAAUUCCCCAAUGUUAAAACUCGUAUUGUUUUUUGCUCUUUCAAGGAAGCGUCCAACACUGAACCUCAUUUAUGUCGGUCCUUUCAAGGCAGUGUUCCUUUUCAACAUUAUACUUGAUAGCCGUUCCAAACGCCCUGUACUUGAUAGUUGUUUCAAGACAGUGCCCAUAAUUUCCACCUUAUACUUGAACACCGUUUCGAGGCAGUGUCCCUAUUUCAAACCUUAUACAUGUUUGCCUUUCCAAGAUAAUGUCCUUAUUUUCAGCCUUAUACUUAUUCGCCGUUUCAAGGCACUGUCAGUUAUUUUUCUUCAGAUGAACACUUGCUCGUCCUAUGUUUGUGAUGUGUUUGUUGUUGUAUCUUUGUAGUGUCCCGUUUCAUAUUGCGUUUGAUGAUGUAUUAUGCUUGUAACGUACACGCACAAUGGUUUUCACAUGCAAGUUAUGUAUGUUACAUUUUUAUGAAAGUACAAUUAAUCUGAAUUUUGGACAAAGGUUUGUUUGCGGUGAACAUUACAAUGAUUUCUGGAUUCCUGCUCAAACAUUACGGCUAUUUGUGUGUUGUAUUUGAUUUAUAUGUAUAAUGCAAGUUUGUGUUUACUGCUUUCAUAAUGUAGUGUAUAAAAGUAAUUCUUAUUUUUUUUGACACUACGGAAAUCGUAGAGCGACAUUAUUAGCUAUAAUCUUUUAUUAACAUUUUUUUUUGUUAUUUGCUUUAGUUUAUUUGUUGUUAAGAAAUGAUAUAUAGCAGAACUAUUUUUAAUACAUCUAUCCAGUUGAGACGUUAUAAGCCUAUGGAAUAACAUCACGUGGGCCUAGCUGGGGUGAACUAUUGCACGCGGGGUAUAUCCGAAUCAGAGUAUUUAGAUAUAUUAGACCAUGGCCAUGUUGUAUUGUAUUCGAUUCUUUUAUGUGAACAAGUAGAUGAAGUAGGGAAACAAUUUCAUGGCAUAUGUAUGACGCCAAAUAUAACUGGAACAAGACUGAUAAACUGUACAUGCAACUUCUGCUGAAACUGCAAAAUGUAUCAUCAGUUUCGUGGCAUUCCUCUAACAUUACACUUAACAAAGUAGCAGUUUCACUUGAUUUCGCACAUGGUCUCAAAUGAGCGCAAUUUUGGCUAUUUUCACCUAAAGGUAUACGUUCUGGGAACGGUAUGUCACAGAUUUAGGUUGUGAAAACGAUGGAACAAGCAGACUGGAAAUGCAACAUGCUUGUAUAAUGCAUUUUUGCUGAAAAUAUUUAAAAAAGAACUUAUAAAAAGGAAG